AUGGCACAGGGACCCAAGUAUGAGAUCCUGCGAGAACUUGGUCGAGGGAGUUAUGGGGUCGUCUAUGAAGCAGCGGCCAGGGCCGGAGGCAGAGUGGCCGUGAAAAAAUUGCCAUGUGACUCUCCUGAAAGCUCUGAGUUGGCCCUCCAGGAGUUCUGGGCUCUGAGCAGUGUGAGGAGAAGGCACUCAAAUGUGAUCUGGCUGGAUGAGUGUAUCCUGCAGAGGGGUCACACUGUCCAGGAGAUGACCAGAGGCUUGUGGGAAUCCGAGAGUCAGCUAUGCCUCGUUGAGACGUGCCUGAAGGGCAAAAGCUGCCUUGACCCUCAGUCCUCCCACUGCCUGUGGUUUGUGAUGGAGUUUUGUGAUGGGGGGAACCUCAAUCACUACCUUCUGGGUCGAGCUGCAGACUGCAGCCUGAAUCUCAACUUCAUGCAGCAGCUGAGUGCGGCUGUGGCCUUCCUGCACACGAAUGACAUCGUCCAUCGAGACCUCAAGCCGGACAAUGUCCUGGUCUCCUGCCAUUCCACAGGACCUGUGCUUAAGGUGGCUGACUUUGGCUUGAGUAAGAAGUGCCAAAGCAAAGGGAGCAUGAGCCGGUGGCAAGUGUCUGCAGCCUGUGGCACUGACUUCUACAUGGCCCCAGAACUCUGGGAGGGACACUAUUCGAACAAGGUGGACAUCUUUGCCCUUGGGAUCACCUUCUGGGCCAUGCUGGAGAGAAUCACUUUCAGAGACACAGAAUCCAAGAAGGAACUGCUUGGUGCAUAUCUUUCUCAAGGACGUAACUUAGUCCCGGUGGGACAGGCAUUGGUGGAGAAUCCCAACCUAGAACUUCCAAUUCCCAUGUACAGUAAACGAGCUCUGAACAAAGGUAUCCAGAAGCUUCUACGAGACAUGUUGGCAUAUAGCCCCCAGGAGCGGCCCGACGCAUUUAUCCUGCGAGCUCAAAUUCAGCAAUUUGUAUUCACUGGAACAAGACUGAGAAUGUAA